AUACUGGUUUCCCCUCAUUGUCCUGCACACAUCGGUAAUCAUUUCAGAAUCCUCUUAAUAUCUAUGAUGUUACGUGAGUUUGCUUAAAGGAUAAGAAUUGCCUUAGCCACUUAUUGUUUUAACGUUGACGUGAAUAUUUCGCUUUUUUAUCUACGCCAUGGCAUCAUCUAACGAUAUUGUGGCUGUCAUUUGUCACGGUGGAUUCCUUACGCCGCAACCCUACCAGCCUUUUAUCCAGGCGCUGAAGGCGAAGGGAAUAGAGACACACUGUCCCCAGCUUCCUUCCUCUGAUCUCACCAAACUCAAUGUUGGAGACAUUCAAAACCCAGAUUACAAUAGAGAACCUCCGGAGGGGGGUUAUCCUCAAGGCGAACACGACGCGAAACUCAUUGUUGAUAUUCUGCGCCCUCUUAUAGAUGAGCAAGGCAAGAGGGUGCUUAUGAUCGGCCAUUCAGCUGGCGGCUGGGUUGCUACAGAAGCAUCUCGUCCAGAGCUACAAGAAAGGGUCCGAAAGGAGAAGGGGCUUCGUGGAGGCAUCAUUGGGAUCUUUUAUAUAAGCGCAAUUCUAGUCCCGGUCGGAGAAUCGAUCACUUCUUUCUCCCAGCCCAAGGAUGGCCCAGUAGAGCCACCACCGGGGAUGAAGUUCUAUAAACAUGGGCUCAUUUCCACGGAGGGCGCUGAUAAACUCCUUUUCAACGACCUAGAAGAGCCCGAAGCGCAGAAAUGGGCAAAGACUCUCACCGCAGGCCCUGGCUUCAAUUCCAAGCUGACUAACAAUGCUUAUGCGGCCUUGCCCCUUGCUUAUCUUGUGACGGAACGGGACGUGGUUAUGCCGAAAGAACACCAGGAGGGAAUGGUGGCCCUUCAGAGUCAAAAGACGGGAGAGCUUACGAUAUACCGUUGCCAAACCGGCCACUUUCCUCAAUUGAGCUGGACCGAUGGUUUGGUUGGUGCCGUUCAGGAUUUCAUCAUCAAGGUCAAAGAUUGAUGAGACAUACUUCCUCUUUGGAUGGGCUCAAGUAGGACUAUUCUGCCUAGAAUUUGUCGUUCUCGGCCUUACGCCGAGUCUACGUAUUAAAUAUGUAAGUGUGAAAUUGGCAAUUUACUUACCGUAGCACUGCAAACCACGCAUUGCAAGUCCCUGUGCAUAUUUGGAGACUUCAUAAAACCCCACCCGGGCCGUGUUGGUAAGAUCCUUCUUCUAUCGAGUUACGCAACAGGUGUGUGGUGUGCCGUCGCAUGUAGUUACGGCGAGCAGCCACAACUACGACUCUACUGCAGCCGCCCGUACACACCCUUUCCGCCCCCAAUGGCACAGU